AUGUCUUAUCCAUCAAAGAAGAAAGAGAUCCCUUCCACUUCAAAACGGCAGUUAAGUCAAGGCGUUAAGGCAUGCGAGUCACGGUUCCACCAUGUUCGAGGCAUUGGAGAAUAUUGGCCCGUAGGAUUUCCGACUCUUACGUUUCAAGCUUAUCCUUAUCAGAUCGAGGAGGUUUGGUACUCUGUAGGCGUACGAGAAGAGAAGAUCCAGGGAAAAUUUUCGGAAGGAAGGUAUUACAUUGCAGGCAAUGCAAGCCGGACGGGGGGCAAUAAAGGCUGGGCGAAGAUGGAAUGUCCAGUGCCAAGAUGCAAAGAAGAGAUGGUUGGCUUGGCGGUCCACACCGGUCGUCAAUCUAGGAUCGUCGACUUUGCACAUAAAUACACCUUGAAUUCCCGAUGUCUUAUUCUUUUUUCGCCCACAUCAGAAUCCACCGUCGACUACUACGGAUCUUCCUUCAUGCCUUCAAAUUCGCCCAGGGCACUGUUCCGGCGUCAAGCUGCGGCUGACUCUUGCGAAAUUCCAGAGAUUUCGGAUACCUACGACACUGCCCUUCAUGUCGGAGCUCUCUUCAUCAUCCUAGGAGUAUCAUUCUCGGCAUGUCUGGUCCCCAUCGUUGCAGUGAGGAUACCGAGACUUCGAAUCCCACCUAACUUCCUGUUCGUGGUACGGCACUUCGGAACAGGCGUACUGGUUGCCACUGCACUGGUGCACUUGUUGCCCGAGGCCUUCGGCUCGCUAACCGAUCCGUGCCUUCCAUCUUUCUGGAACACGACUUACCCUGCUCUCCCUGGAGCUCUUUCGAUGGGUGCGAUUUUCAUGAUUAUCGCUGUGCAGAUGGUACUCAGCCCGGGCCAGAACUGCUGCGCGAUGCCUACGGCCAUUAUCGAGUCUAACGGGGUGAACAAUGCCGGGGAUUCUCCAUCCGGAGGAGGUGCCUGCAUGAAUAGAAACAGGUCCGAACCAGGAGCUAUUCAUGGCCGAGACGGCAGCACUGGAAGGCAGCUGCAAAUGGUUACCGCUUACAGCGAAAAUCUCGAUGCCCUCGAGCGGCUUCAACAUUACCAGAAGAAUGAAGCAACGACCGGCGUUCUAGCCCGCACAGAGACUGCCAGCCCAGAACAGAAACGCAAGAAAGACACGAUGCAAUGCGUGCUGCUAGAGAUGGGAAUCCUAUUCCACAGUGUUUUCAUCGGCAUGGCGCUCAGCGUGGCGACGGGGAGCGACUUCAUCGUUCUCCUGAUCGCCAUCUCGUUCCAUCAAACCUUUGAGGGGCUAGCACUGGGAUCUCGCAUCGCUGUCUUGUCGUGGGGGCCCGGUGCUUGGCAGCCAUGGCUGAUGGCGCUAGCCUACGGCUGCACAACUCCUGUUGGUCAAGCAAUUGGUAUCGCGACACAUUCGCUAUACAGCCCGGAGUCCACGACCGGGCUACUCCUCGUGGGAAUCAUGAAUGCCAUCUCCGGUGGCCUGUUGCUCUGGGCAUCGUUGGCGGAGUUGUUGAUGGAGGACUUCCUCAGUGAUGAGAGUUGGAGAAUCUUGAAUGGGUGGAAGAGAGUGAUUGCUUGUCUGUUGGUGCUGUUGGGUGCCUUCGGCAUGUCGCUGAUCGGUGCUUGGGCAUAG